GUUUGCAUUACUCAUGCACUUGCCUUUGUGCAAUGUAUACCAACUGCAUCUGCACUUCAACGUUUUUUAUGCUAAUAAAAACGUAUUAUUGGCUUUGAAUCUAAACAGUUCUUUACACUCACUUCUAAGUCAUCUUAUUAAAUACUCUAAAAUUGAACUAUCCACCAUAGUACAAAAAUAUAAUAUACAUACAUAUACGCGAUAUAUAAGUAUGUAAAUACUCCGCUUUGUGUUUUGCAGUACAUUCAAAAGUGUUGUUCUUGAAGUAGCUUCCACAUUUUUAACAUCCUGCACAUUGAUAAUUCACACAAGGCUCGAUUUUCCUCCAUAUUAUCGUAAUGCAAAAUACCGAUCAAUAUAAAGCAUUGCUUGUUAAAGUGCAAGCAAAGCUUACUGAAUUCGGCAUGGCUUGCACAGCUUGGCAGUGGAUGAUUAUCCAUCAAUUCGACCAGUAUCGAAAAUCCCCAGUGGAAGGACUUACGUUUUUGGAUAAACUUCUUCAUGAGAUGGACGAGAAAAAAACUGAAAAUCUGAAACCGAAGAAUUAUUUUGCCUUCACGAAAGCCAGAAAUGUCCGAUUGCAGAUUGGGGAGGUUGACGUAGUAAUUGUCGAAGGGGACGCUCCAUCACCAAACUUACAAAAAUCCAGAGGUUAUGCAUUUGGCACUGAAGAAAUGGCAUCGGACAGCCUUAAAGUGUUAUUUCAAUACAUGCAACAAGAUCUUGGAAUCACGGAGACAAUUGAACCUACAGGGAACUUAAAUGGAUGGAUUGCACAGGGCGUGCUCCUACUAAAUAUUUUCAUGAGUGGACAUAAUGAUGAACGGUACAUUACAGAAGGGAUUAUGAGAGGAGUUUUCAGAAAAAAUCCUAGCGUCAUAUUCCUAUUGUUCGGCAAACAGGCGAAUGACACAUUUAAACGUGCAUUUAAAAAACAGGGCAAACCUCGUAAUUUCAUAUCCAUGUAUCACCCAAAUCAAGGCACUGUUGGAGGAGAGGGGACAAAUGAGGAGUUUGCCCAAAAUUUUUAUCAGAAACGCCCAUUUACAACAGCAAAUCGUUGGCUUCUUUCAUUCGAAAAAAACGAAAUCAAUUGGGAGCGAUUUGAAAUAAUCGAUAAUGAACCAGAAGAAGAAGAACAAGAAGAACAAGAGUUAGAUUGGAGUGAUAUCACAGAGUGAGAUAACUGUACAGCGUUAGAUUUGGGGAAAAAACUUCCAUCACCCAUUUCCCCGCAUGCAAAAAGAUGCUAAGUUACGUAAAACAUUUCUUCAUUUAAAAAUCAACAAGUCACUAAAAGUUAUGUAAAAGAUAUGUAGCACUAUAUUUUAAAUUGUAAAUGUGUAAUAUAGUUAUUUUUAAUUAUUAUGGAAGCAUGGUUACAUGGAUGUGGGGGAUAAAAAAAACAUAUUACUUGUCAGGCGAGUGGACUACAUGGCAAAUUUAUGUCAACCACACCCUCUCAAAGGCAUUAAAGUAUACUUCAAACUUAUUUUUGUAAUUCAAAAUACUUCACUGUAGAUUUUUAAUGAGUAAUAAAAAUAUGAAAUUCGAAAA